CACCAUUCCGGUUCGGUUCCGUUUGCUUACACCCACAACACCAUGGACGUCUCCAAGCUCAAAGUCGCGGAAUUGCGGGAAGAGCUGUCGCGGCGCGGACUGGAUACCAAGGGGCUCAAGAAGGAGCUCGCGGAUCGGUUGACUGCUGCAAUCGCCGAUGUCGGUGCUGAGAAGCAGGAUGAGGUGAUGGGCGAGGAGCCGGUUGUGAUGGACGGCGGGGAGGCGAGCAAGUCAAACGGUGGGGAGAUAGAGGAGACGAACGGUGGAGAGAUGGUGGCCGAGACGCACAGCGGGGAGACGGCAGGCGAGAUCAACGGCGGGGAGGUGGCGAGCGAGUCGAACGGCAUCCCCGACUCGGCGACGGACGAGCCGCCCAAACCCAACGAGCCGGCUGACGUGACGGAUGCUAUGGCCAUCGACACUGAUGUGCGUGCUGAGCCGACGGACGCGAUGGACACGGACGAGCCAGCGUCGCUCGACGCACCCUCGCUCGCGACAUCGGCGGCGGCGCCACCGACUCUUCCCCUCCCCGAGGCUCUCUCGCAUCUCGCCUCCUCCCACCCCCCCACAAGCGUGCUGUACAUCUCGAACCUGCGCCGCCCGCUCCUCCUCUCCGCGCUACACGAGUACCUGUCGCCCACGGCGCUCCCCGCCCCUCCUCGCCUGCCCUUCACGCAUGCCGAGUAUCCCGGCCUCUGGCUCUCGGGCGUCAAGGACCACGCGUACGCGGGCUUCGCGAGCGCAUCUGAAGCCCUCGCGAUCGCGGCGCGCGUCCACGGCGCAGUGUGGCCGGACGGCGGCGCCGCGCUGGCCGUGCAGUUCGUCGACCCCGCAGUGGUCGGCAGCCUCAUGGCGGCGGAGGAGGAGGCGUGGGAGAAGCGGCAGCGCCUCGUCCUCGUCUCGCGGAAGGAGGGGGACGCGUGGCGCUUCGACGUCGUGCCGCCGCGCCACGCGAAGCAGGAGCGCCCCCCCGCCUCCGUUUCCGCCGCAGCGCAGCCCGACGCCCAAGGCUUGAAGCAGAGCCUUGCGGAGCGUCUUAGCGGCCCGUCCCAGGCCAAGAUCGAGGACAAGCUCGGCCCCAUCCGCCGUACCCGCGCCCAGCCUACGCUCGAGUAUCGCGAGGGGCCGGGCGCGCCGGACCGCAAGCGCCGCGGGCGCAGAGGCGGGCGCAGGCAUCGCCGCGAGCAGGCGGGCGGCGACAGCUACCAGCCUGAUGGGUGGGGACGCGAGCGCGAGGGGUGGGGCCGUGGCGGCGGCGACAGAUACAUGCCUGAGGGGGGCCGCAGAGAGGUCUUCGCGGGUAACCGCUUCGAUGGUGGGCGGGUUGGGGACCGUUGGCGGCCGGCCCGCAGAUAGCGGGUGUAUCAGACGUUGGACGAGAGGCUUAUAUGAUGUGAUAUGAUGCAUGGCCUUCAC